UGACAACAUUCACAUUUGGCUUCUUAACUCUCUGUACAUGGAUAAUAUCAUCUGGCACCUGGUCUGGCCUGGACCAGCCGGCCGAAUUUCACCAGGAUGAACAUUACCGAGAAAACGAAGCUUUAAGCAUAUCAUGUAAAUGUUCUGUCCUCCACGUCAGUAACAAAACAAAACCAACUUUGGCGUUUAAGGGAUCUUCUGAAAGCGUUGUGGCCUUCCAUGCGAUUUUGGCUUUUGAGAGAUGGGCAGUGUCCUUGUUAUGCGUGCUCUAUGAUUCAUGGUUGCACCUGUUGCACAAUGUGAAUGAUACAGAGGAAAAGAGAGAAAUGUGUAAAUGUGAGAUUCUACAGUUUGAGGUGCAUUUUCUCUCUGAGACUGUCUGUCUUUUACAUAAGAUGGAGGUGAAAGCAGACAUUUGGUGUACCCGAACCACCAGCUUUGUUCUACUGCAUCAUUGGAGAACUGUUCAUAGUUUUAGCAUUUUCAAGGAGGGUAAUCCUAAAAGCAACAUUCUGCAGGAUUCUAAGUGUGCAGACUUUAAAACUGGAUUGCUGAAAUGCCAAAUCCUUCAAUUGUGCGAAAUCUUUUUAAUGUCAUUUCCAACAUCCUGCUCAAAAGAAGCAUGCAUGCUCCAAGAAGAAAUGUUCAGCUUUCAUGUUUGCACAAAAAUAUGGAAUGUACAUUCAGCCUGCAGCAGAUGUGUCGGAAGAUUUUUCCUGGCCACAGGCCUUUUGGUGCUAAUCUACACAAACAGACUUAAAACAAACUCGGCUGCAUCUGCUCCUAACAGCAACACCAUGGUGGGGAUGCUGUUCACCACAGCAACGCGUUGUUCCUCUGACUGGUCCGUGACGACUUUUCACCUCGUUUGUGUUCUAGCAAAAACUAUUAACGUUUUAAUUGUUUGCAGGGCUGUGCAUUUGGUCCUGAACAGAUUUUUAAAUUUACGCCUGAAGUCAAUGCCCAUACCUGUCACUGCGUUGAUUUUUUUUAUGACUUUUAACGUUACUUUGCUAAAUAGAAACUUGAGACACUGGUCUUCAGACGUCAGUAUGGAGGGUAGAGUUGAAUCAACACUAACACCGCGAGCUGUUUUAGCACAGCUUGAGUUUCUGUCUUUUUUGUAUUGUUUAUUUGCCCUGCUUCCCUUCUUGCUUCAAUUCAUCCGCACUAAGCUGAACUGUUCACAUGUCCUUCUUCAUCUCCAGCUGGUGACACACCCGCAACACCUAAGAACACCGAGAAAGUAUGUGCUUUUUGUAAGAAUAUACAGAUUUAAUUAAUUCUUAAGCCAAUUUUCAGUUAUUCUACUGAAUCAAUAAAUAUUGAAAUUUAAAUAAAUUGAUUUCUUUUUCCUGUUU